GGUCUCCUUACGGAGGGGGAUGGUCGCGAAGGAAGGAGCAUAGGUCCGUCGUACAGCGGAUCUGAAAAUGCAGAGACACCGCCGGUUCUCAGUCAUAGUAUCGCCUUCAUCCGGUCCGCCUCGACGACAUCGACGCAGUCGAUGACUCGUCGACGCUAUCCUCUUCCGCCUUUCGUUCCGUAGACAUCCGGUUCGCGAAAGUGGGUGUGCUUCUUAUUUUCCCUUCUCUCAUUUUCGAUAUUUGCACAUUUUUCAAUGCCGCGACAUCACGUGCUCCUCUUUUCUUCCGCGGAAAGAUUAAAUCUGUAUUUGUUGAUCUCUCGUUUCUUUGCUUCGUGAUUAAGAGGAGAUACUUAUCUAUAUAUAGAUUUUAGAUAUUAUUAUUCGAUCGAGAAAUUUCUUUAUGCGAUUAAUCGCUGGAGAUAGUAAUGUAUGUAAACGGGUGACUUUUGCGUAAGAAAUAAAAGAUCCUAUUGGGGCCUCAACGAGAUCACCGUGAUUACUCCAAGACGAUAAACAAGAAACCCCGAGGAAAUUGCAAGGUUGCACCGGCGUGAUCAUGAUUUUGCGAACCUGUCUUUGCCUCAAUCUCUUAACGGUUUCGGCGCUGUGUCUGACAGCGGACGAGAUCGAGGCCCAACGAAGCGGCUGGAAUCUAAAUCCCAACACCCAGUAUCACAUUCAGACCGAUGAGGGCCCAGAAAGGUUUUUUCGCUAUCAAACAUCAAACGGUCAGUAUAGGAAAGAAAAGAGGUUGGCUGAUGGGACGGUGAUCGGCACGGAAGGCUGGCUGGACCCUCUCGGAUAUUUACGACUAAAGGAUUAUAUAGCGGAUCACGAGGGAUUCCGGAUAUUAAGAUCAAAAAUGGUUUAUGUGGGUAAAGAUCGACCUAUCCAGGAUGCAGUGGCGGAAGCGAAGAAAGUUCCGGCACAAACUGGAGUUCUGGCUAGACCCAGAAGACCGCCUAAUCCUUUCAGGCGACCAGAUUCUAAUGCCAUUGUACCAAUAUCCGAUAAUGAUAUUACUUCCGGUUAUUACACUCCGACGACUAUCAGACCUCGACCGUUCUACUCGAUUUCGGGGAACAAUUACUAUUCGAAUCGAGGUUCCUCUUCUGGAUCUGGACUACAGAGUCUGGAAACUUAUCAACGACCUUACUAUCGCGGAUCUGUAGCUCGACCACCGACUCAGCUCCUUGAAGCUCCUUACGAUUCUGCUAUCAGCUCCUCCAACAGGCCGAGUCCAAUUUCUCGGAGCGAUUCUUUGGCCGAGUUCCCGCCUUACGAUGGCACUUACACCACGGCAAACGGUUUCCAGUAUUACCUGAGGAGACAAUAUCACGAAGAGGAACGGGAGCCCCUCGGCAACAAUGUUGGCUCGUUCGGCUACAUCGAUCCGUUCGGUAUCAGACGCGUGAUUUAUUACAGGACAGAUCCUGUAAACGGCGGAUUCCUCCACAAGAAGAACAACCGAUACGUCGGCUUCAACGCGACGCCCUACGAUCCGCUUCCGCCCGAUCUGUCCAGGACACGUGUCUCGAGAACCUCUUCGAAAGCUUCCUCGUCGUAAUAGUUGUAGCACGACGUUUAUCGCGAGGAACUCAUCGCAUCCGAUACUGCAUCGACGCUGAACGGCCUCGGUUCGACUCGAUGAUCUCGAUAACGAGACCGUUCAUCGAAUUCAACUGUUGCCCGUUGUCGAUGUUCUCCGAAGAAUAUUUUUCGUUCGUCGCCGAUUUUCCGGCCGCGAUAGAACCGACGAAUGUUGAAAGCAGGAAAAAUGAUCAAUAGAAUCUCGCGAGUAGAGAUAGAAACGCUCUACUUUCCAUGGGAAAGAAUAACGACGGAGAAUUCUCGAUCACCAACAUUUCUUAUAUAACAUUUUUCCAAGUGCCACGAUUCCUUUUCUGUACGAUUCCGUUGUGUUAACAUUGCCGACGGUUACCAGUAUUAUCCGAAAUAAUAUAGCGUUACGAGGAAUGCAAGGAUCGAAUGAAUCAGGAGAUGAUCGCAUGCGGGGAAAAAAAGUUUAACAGAAAGAAAAAAGUAUGGAUUAUAUUAUAAUAAAGAAGAGAGAGGGAGCGAGAUAUAAAAACAAAGACUUUUAUCGAGAAUCUCACGACGGUAGCUCACUUCAUUUCCUGAUUCGUCGUUCUGCUAUUGUUGCGUUAUUAUCGCGAGCAGAUGAUCGGAUACCGCGAAGAGACGACGUUAGAUGCCAUGCUGGACUAGAUUUAGUUUUCAGGGAAGCGCGGUGGGACUUCCUUGAAAAAAAUGGAAAAUUGUAAAAUUGUCUUAGACAAUGUUCGCCAAGUUUUCCAGUUGCGUCAUCGAUCUAUGAAGCGUGUGAAGACUCUCGGUUACUAUUGUUUCGCGUAUAAGCUUCAUACGCGUAAGCUUCGGUAACCUACAUUUUCAUACCGAGAGAUACCUUAGAAAAUUUAUUCUCAUUUAUACAAGAUAUUGUUGAAGUAGUAUAUAAUGGCAACAUUUUUUUCAGAAAAAAUUUUGUUCAAAUGGAUUAUCUCUCAAUGUAAAUUCCUACAUGUCUCUCUACAAAAUCUUUAUUUUUUUUUUACCUUUUUCCACUGUUGGCGAAUAUUGAACUACGAUAAGAGAAUUCCACCUGAUGAAUCAAAAUAGAAUAGGUUGGCAUUUUGGUAUGAGCGGAUCAUACAUUAAUCCUACAACGCGUUAUCUUUUUUUUUAUUUGUUAGCAAAGCAUUUCACCAUAGCGAAAUAUCAAAUUUAUGAAUUACGAGAUUAUCUAUGCACUGAUGACUUACAUGUUUAAUUAUAUCUUAAAAAUGUUUAAUUGUAAAAAUAUAUAAUAUCGUCUCUCAUUACGCGUUGUAGGAUUAACUCAGCGCAGCAGAUUCGGAAAAAUCUUGAUAGCUUUGUACCUCUUACUCUGCUGACGCUAACGUAGUUUUUCUUCUAGUUUAAUGCGUGCGUCUGAAUAUUUCUACGUACUAAUUAAUCUGCUGCGUCGUUUAAGGUAUCCGCUCGUGCCAAACGACAAAGGAACCGCGUAGGAUUAGUUAAUCGUUAAGUUAAACUUUAUUAAGUCGUGACAAAGGUGCUGAUUGUUAGAUAAAAGCGGAUACAUCGCGCACUUUCCGUUCUUUUAUAUGACGAUGAGAAUCGUGCCGUUCCACUCUGUGCUCGUAGUUAAUUACGAUUUGCGGAUUAUAAAAUCCCUGGCGAGCGACAUCAUCAACAUAUCUGUCUGGAGGUCAAGGAACACGAUUUGUAUGCAAGCUAUCGCUUUGUGCUUAACUUAUUUCGUAAUAAUUGCGAGAGCGAAUAAUCGUUUUUGCACGGAAUGUCAAACAUGUGAUAUAUGAAAUAGUUUUUACGAAGAUCGAGUAAAUAAAAAUCUACUUAAAAUAUGCAAGUGUUAUUUGCAAAGAGAAUUAAAUUAAUAAAAAAAUUGAAAGUUUAAAAAACUCUGGAUCACAUCUCAUUGAGACUAUGUUUGAUGUGAAAUUAUAACACAUGUCACAUUGAUUCCGAAUACUGUCGGCAUUUGUAACAAGUUUAACAUUUUUAGCUACACUCUAUUUCCGGCGCAUGCAACUUAUUAUAUUUUAUUUAAAAAUUGACAAAAAUUAUGCAGUGUAUGCUAAUAAAUUUUGUUGAAAUUGCUAAAAAAUGAAAUAAAUUAAUUUUGUAUUUAAAUAUCAAGAAAGUCCCGGCUGAAAUAUAUAGAUAAGAGUUUUCGAUACCAGAAUAUCACGUAAACGCGUGAUUUUAUUCUGAUAAUGCACAUUUCGUUUAUGCCAAGUGAUAGUAUUAUGUGUCACAAACAUUUUUCUCAAUAUAUUUGAACUCUUUUUUGAAGAGAGAUACUUGGUCUUUAUAAAUCUCUUUAUAAAUCUAUUUGUUUAUAAGACUCUUUAUAAAUCUAUCUUUAUGACUCUAUAUUAUACAGUUAUCGUAAUUACUUUUAAACAAAUGCCAGAAUCUCAAAUUUUUGCUUAUUAUUUAUGUCAUUUGUUCAAUUUCAACGGGAACGGCAUUAUCGCGUGCAUCGCGUUUGUAAAUACAAAAAUAUUUAUUCACGCAAUAUCACGUCACGCAGUGCAAUCCUAGAGCCUGCACGCCGCAUCUCACUUAUUGUCGUAUAAUUGUAAUGACAAUGCAGCGUGCAUCCAGAAGCACCAACAUCUGCUUAUUCUGCUAUCAUACUUCAUUUAAAGUUUCACCGGCCUUGACGUGCUACCUCGAAAAGUUUCACUGGCCUCAAAGUGCGCUCUCUUUUCUCUUCUCUCUGAAAAGAAGACUUCUCGCUCGAAGACUGACACCCUUAUAUAGAUUUAUGUAUACUAUGAAACUAACAAUAAAGACGCUUUGCUUAAA